GUCGACUGCGAUCUGGUUCCCUUUUUCUUCUUGGGGCCGCUCGAGCCUUUGCUUGUUAUCCUUAUUGGACUGCAUUCCCCUUUCCUGCUCGAACAUCAAUAACCUCAAGCCCCUGUGCAACCUCAGGCUCUCAUUUUUCAUGCCCUCGAUUCGUUCAUCUUUGGCGUCGGGCGUGAGCUGGAAACAUAUCAAAAGACAUCUCAAUUUCUUUCGUGUUCAUCUACUGUUCUUCGCUUUCACACCCCUGAUCUUUUCUGGAAUAUUUUAUGCGAGCAAUGGACAGUACCAUAUAUCCUACAUCGAUUCUCUGUUCAACUGCGUCAGUGCGAUGACCGUCUGCGGUUUGUCUACCGUGGAUCUCAGUAGUCUCACUCCAUGGCAGCAGGUUAUACUUUUCAUUCAGAUGUGUCUAGGCAAUCCAGUUCUCGUGUCCUGGGUCAUGGUUUACAUCCGAAGACGCUACUUUGCCAAAAAGUUUCGACGCAUCAUCGCAGAGACCAGCGCCGUUCAUAUCGCCCCCAUUGACGCCGAGGAAAAGUAUGUACCCUGGUUCCGCCGUAUUUUCACCUCGCGGAACAAAACGGUGACUGUGACAGAGGUUGGAAGAGACAAGGGGGCCGAGACAGAGCGACGAAGCUGCAUUAUUCGCAAGAAGCUGCGAACAGACAUGAUCAGACGCAUGGACGACGCUCCGAAGCGUGUGGAUCCGAACGGGUGGAUAUCUGAAGGCAGGACGAUACCGCUGCAAAGAUUUAGCACUGUACAAUCUAACCAGGACGUUCCUCGGCAUCUUUCUUUCGCGUCGCCCUCGCCUGAACGGCCUCCGCAAUCUCCACGUAUCACAAAGGGUCCCUUAAUGAAGAGAUUGGUACGACGACUAUCAGACCCUGGGACGCCUUCGAGACAGAAUUCACUCAAGAACGCUCCCAUGCACAGGUCAGAAACGAUGGCUAUAGGUUCCAUGGGGAAAUUUCCGCGUACACAAACUGUGGAGUUCUCAUUGCCAAAGCAACCAAAUCGGAGAAUGAGAACAGAAAGAACUCAAACUUCGGAACUUGAUGUUGAUGCCACGGCGUCUGCGGAGAAUCACAGGCCACACAGGACACCUAUACAGCCUCAUUUGUCGAUUCCCACCCAUACGACAACCCACAUGCACAGGGCCAGCCGAGCGCCGACGAGGCACAGUGGUUUGGGCGGAUUUCCCAUGCCGCACGAAAUUCUGGGCAGCUUGAUCAGUCGAUUCUUUCCCAAGUUCAAGCGGAGGCUGACGAGAACAUUGACCGUACCAGCUUCAACCACAAUUGCGUCUCAACGGAGAGCGACUCUAACAUCUGCGAAGACUGUUCCAUACAUUUCUUUUGACGCCGUUGUGGGACACAAUUCAUCUUUCCCAUACUUGACUAGUAAUCAGAUCGAAGAGCUCGGCGGCGUGGAGUACCGUGCGCUGAAUGCCUUGCUUUGGAUUGUUGCCGGGUAUCAUAUACUCAUCCAGCUGACAGCGUUUGUCAUGAUUUCUCCGUACAUAUCUAUGUCCAGGUGGAGUUCCGAUUUCAACACUCCCUCAUUGCUUCGUUCAUUAUCGCCGGUAUGGUUUUCACUCUUCCAGGUGGUAUCUGCCUAUACCAACACGGGCAUGUCAUUGGUGGACCAGUCGAUGGUCCCGUUCCAGGAAGCGUACUUGAUGAUAUUUGCCAUGAUCUUCUUAAUUUUAGCCGGAAAUACUGCUUUUCCCAUCUUUUUACGGUUUGCGAUAUGGAUGCUAACGAAAAUUGUACCUGAAAACUCACGAGCAAACGAAACCUUACACUUUCUACUUGAUCAUCCUAGACGAUGUUUUAUCUAUUUAUUUCCUUCUCAUCAGACCUGGUUUCUUCUGACUGUAGUAAUUUGCCUGAACUUUACGGAUUGGUUCUUCUUCAUGGUGUUGGAUAUUGGGACCCCUGCGAUUGAAGUCAUCCCCUUGGGCACUCGAUUCGUCAUAGGGUUGCUACAAGCAAUUGCCGUCCGAGCUGCGGGCUUCGCUACGGUAACACUGUCGGCCCUUGCUCCAGCUGUUAAAGUGCUCUAUGUCGUGAUGAUGUAUGUCAGCGUCUACCCCAUCGCGAUGAGUGUCCGUUCGACGAAUGUAUAUGAGGAGCAAUCUUUAGGUAUCUAUCGUGAAUCCGAGGAGUCAGAAACCGAGUCGGAAUUUGAACCUACCGGGCCUCGAGUCGUUGUUUGGAGUCGUUAUUUGACUAUGCAUGCGCGAAAGCAGCUGGCUUUCGAUAUGUGGUGGCUAGGGUUAGCGUUGUUCUUAGUAUGCAUUAUUGAGCGCCCUGAACUCGAUAACACCGCCACGAUGAGUUAUUUCAAUAUUUUUACUAUUGUUUUCGAGCUUGUCUCUGCGUACGGAACUGUCGGAUUGAGCUUGGGCCUUCCCUACGCAAAUUAUUCGUUCUCAGGCUCCUUCCGGACAUUGUCAAAGCUCAUUGUUUGCUUCGUGAUGCUUCGUGGCAGGCACCGAGGCCUUCCUGUUGCCAUUGAUCGUGCUGUCAUGUUCCCUAUGGAGUUCUCCAACAACGAUGGAGAUGACGAUGAUAAGGACCAGGAUAGUGCUAGUGAUGCAGCUGUUAUUGAAAACGAUGAUGAUGCAGUAGCCGAGCAGAAAAGUAUCAAUGGUGACACAUUUGAUCUUCGACAGCGUCCUGGGUCACAUUUAGAGGAAGAAGACGAGUCGCUGCACAGUCUCCACCGACCGGGCGAUGUCAACGAAUCUGCAAAUCCAAGUUGACCACCGUCCUCUAUCGGCUCUUGGAUUUUUUUGGUUGUAUCAUGUUUAGCGCUUCCAAGAAGCUGACAUAAGUACAUGCAAGUAGACUUACAUUAUGCACUCUAUAAUGAUAAUGCAUACGAUAGUG